AUGGCAUUGUAUUGGAUGGUCGAACCCAUCAGUCUGUAUGUGACUGCACUGAUCCCGGUGGCCCUCUACCCCUUACUUAAUGUGAUCAGUACAUCAGACGUUUGUUCGCCGUAUAUGAAGGCGACAAAUAUGAUGUUUGUGGGAGGCCUAAUGAUGGCCAUAGCCAUAGAGCACAGCAAUACGGCCACCACCGCAAUGAUGGUACCGAUUGUGGAGGCGAUGCUUAAAGAACUGGGUCAGUUUUGCAGUAUCCAUAUGAAUCGCCUGAAGCACAGCAAAAGCAAUCAGAUAGUGACAAACAAAAAAGGGCUACAAUAA